AUGCCCCGGGCGUUCGCCUGCCUCCACUAUCUCAGCAUCCUCCUGGGCAUGGCCCUGGGGGACCAGGGUUCGGAGGAGUGCGCCCUCACGGGCAUCCUGCGGGAGAAGCUGCAGUACCGGAACCGCCUUCAGUACACGAAACUGUACUUCCCCAUCGACUACCGGCUCAGCAUGCCUUACGAAGGGGUGCUCAGAGCGGCCAACGUCACGAGGCUGCAGAGGGCCCGGGUGAGCCAGCAGGAGCUGCGCUACCUGUGGGUGUGGGUGAGUCUCAGCGCCACCAAGGCCGUGCAGGAGGUGCUGCUCGAAGGCCACCCGUCCUGGAACUACCUGCAGGACGUCCGCUCUCUGCUGCUGGGCGUCGAGAAGGUCCUCCGGGUCGUGAAGCCCAGCCCCCAGGUGGAAGCACUGUCCCUCCUCAGUGCCCGGAGGCUGAGCGGGAAGCUGGUGCGGCCCAAAGCCCUGCUGGAUAACUGCUUCCGGGUCAUGGAGCUGCUGUACUGCGCCUGCUGUAAAGAAACAUCCAUCCUAAACUGGCAGGACUGUAGAGUGCCCGGCCUGCAGCCCCACAGCCCAGGGCCCCUGCCGCAGUGUGUGGACGCCUAG